AUGGGAAAGAAGGUCUUCGCCAAGCUCAAGAACCUAGAGAGGCUAUACCUUGACCACAACAACUUGACCAAGAUGCCUACCCCUUUACCACGGUCACUGCGAGAGCUUCACCUGGCUUAUAAUCAAAUCUCCAAGGUGCCAUCCAAUGCUCUUGAAGGCCUAGAGAACCUCACCGCCCUCUAUCUCAGCCACAACCAAAUCCAUGAAAUUGGUUCAAACCUCAAGGGGUUGAAGUCUUUGAUUCUUGCAGACCUGAGCUAUAACCAGCUCAGGAGAGUCCCCGAUGGCCUUCCGAUUGCCUUGGAGCAGCUGUAUCUGGAGUAUAAUCACAUACAAACUAUCCCCGAUGAUUUCUUCAAAGUCUCCCCCAAGUUGCUCUAUGUACGUCUUUCUCACAAUAGCCUGACAAAUGAAGGAGUCUCCCCCAAUGCUUUUAAUGCAAGUAACCUUCUGGAGCUAGAUCUCUCGUACAACAGGCUUCAGAAGAUACCACGAGUCAGUACAAGCCUCGAGAAUCUCUAUCUCCAAGGAAACAAAAUAAAUGGUGAGCAACAGCAUUCUGGAUGCUGAGUGAUUUUAGAGUUGUAUUGGAACACAAUAUGCAGGCUAUUUUUUAAUGACAAAAACAGAGUAAAGUGAUUUGGAGAAUCUAGAUUAGGGACCAGUGUCUCUCUGGAUAUUGCUGGAUGACAUCUGCCACAUUCCCUGACCACUGGCCAUGGUUAAUGGGGCUGGUGGAAGGACCACAGAUUCCCCACCCCUGGCCUACACUCUGCCCUCUUGGCUCUUUGGAAAGCCAGUGUCAUUGUUAAAGCACAAAAUGAAAGCAGAGUACUUGAAACCAAGAACAGUGAGUUUUGUUCCUGUCUCUGGAUUCCCAGGUCACAUGGUAUGGGGGGGCAUCAAAGGGCAUCCCCACAUUUCCAAAGCCCCCAGAUACUCAAGCAGGUUAGGGCAGAAGCAGAAAGCAGAGAGAGGAACUGUGUGGGAACCAGUAGCCCUGCCAUGGAGGAGCAGACAGGCAGAUAUUUGUUCCCUGCCACCAGCCCAUCGGCCAGUUCUCAUGAUCCCAAGAGAACCCAGCUCAUGGGUAAUGGACUGGCAAGGGCCCUGGAAGUGGACGUGGCUGGAAAGAAAUGGAUCAAAGGCAUGGAAAGGGGCCCUCUAAGAGAGGCAUAGGCAAACUCAGCCCUCCAGGUGUUUUUGGCCUACAAUUCCCAUGAUCCCUAGCUAACAGGACCAGUGGUCAGGGAUGAUGGGAAUUGUAGUCCCAAAACAUCUGGAGGGCUGAGUUUGCCUAUGCCUGCUCUAAGAGAAAGGGGCUAUACGGGGAGAGAAAAAUAGCAGAGAGGUGAGUCGGGGGCUAGGAGAGAGGCAGGGAGAGAAAACCAAACCAGGGGACCUUUAAAAUCAUAGAACUGUAGAGUUGGAAGGGACCCCAAGAGUCAUCUAGUCCAAUCCUGUGCAAUUCUGGGAUCUCAGCUAAAGCAUCCAUGACUUGUUCAAUCCAAGGGCCACAUUGUCUUCUGGGCAACCUUCUGAGGGCCACAUGCCAGUGGUGGGCAGAGGCAAAAGUGAGCAGAAUAACCAACGUGAAUCUUACCUAUGUGCUGUAAACUAGCUUCUACACACUUACAAACACCCCUCUAUUGACUAUCCAGGCAAGCAAGAAGCAAUAUCUGUGUUCAAGGGCACAUUCCAGCCAGGGAAAGCAUUCAAGGAGGGUGCAAAGGAGGGCCAGUGAGGUGUGUGGCCUGGGUAGAAAGGAUAUGGCUGAGAUGGGGGGCGGGGGUCUUGGGGAAAGUCCCAAGGGCCAGAUUGAAAGGACUGGAGGGCCACAUUUGGCUGCUGGGCCUGAGGUUCCCCAUCCCUGGUCUAAGGACUCAGCUUCAUUAGUAAAGAAAAUGCAUUUUAUAUGCGUUAUAACACUGUGACACCAUAUGGCACUGUGGAGUCCAGUUUUUUGCCAAUGUGAUUCCUCCAGUCUAGGAGAAGGAACAGAGUGGGAGUAACCUCACUCCCUGUGGUUGAGGCUGAAAAGACCAAAAACUUCCCCUGUUCCACCCCAUCCCUUCCGCACACAUAUGGCCUGCCUUUGCCCAAAGUGUUUCCCUUCUAUAUACAUUUUCCUACCAUGCUCUGAUCAAUACAAGAAAGAAUAUGGUUCCAACACCAAGUGGCAGCUUCCUUUAAGGUGGGACUUAUUGCUGCGUUGUUAGCAUCUAGAAUAUGAUUGUUCAACAUGGUGCCAGUCAUCAUAGAUGCCAGUGACAUGCUCAUGUUUCAAGGAGAAAUGAGCAUAUGGAAAAAAGAGCCAGACAGUGGGUGAAAUAUAAUGGGUGGUAUUCUGCUCCCAUGUUCACAUGGGUGUCUUAAAAUGAUGAUCACAAAAAGGAGCAAAAUAAAUAAGUUUGUGUAAUGCAGAUUAGAUAGAGAGCAAAACAACUUCAUCUUAAAAUGAAGAUUAAUUUGUCACAUAAGAAUCAAUUCCAUUUUUGAUUGACCUAGCUUUGCAUAGCUAUUGAAGGAUCAUGGUGUUAAGCCUUCAGACCUAUUAUUGGUUUUGCUUCAUUCUCCAGGACUUGAGAAGUACUGCUGUGCAUUUUUAUUCAGAAGUAAUCCGCAGUGUAAUAAGAAUUCCUUCAAAAUAAGUGUACAUAGGACUGCAGCUCUAGCUGCCUUUAAUCUUUCAUCUGCAUUGGAAUUCUCAUCAAAUGGUUAACAUUUUAUAAUACAUAAAUCAAUUAUGUUACUGGAAUAAACUCUACUGCUCUUUGGGAGUUUAGGUGUAAUUGCACCAAUAAUAAUAAACUGGCCUAUCCAAGGCAUCUAAUCUCAUGCAACUGCCACAACCCACAUUUUCUUCUGCCAGUCCCUUUAAUUCCUAUUUUCUGCCAUAAACCCCUCAUCCAUCAGCUCCUGGUCUUCCCUGCUUGUUUCAUUACAAACCCUUAACCAAACAUUUUAUACCCUUCCUACAACAGGGUUCUUGUAGAAGCAUUAGCCCCAUAGAAUCAGAGUCCUAGAGCAGGUGAAAAAGAAUAAUUUUGUAUGGGAGAAAAGUCUAAAAGCAGAAUUCGUGUGCCACUUUCAGCAAUGUUUGGGUGCUGCUAAAAUGGCCACAUCUGGAAGAGUCCAUAAUUAGUUGGAUAUCUUAGUUUGUACAUAUCAGAGGUUCUAUAUUCACACGAAAUAGGAAAUUGAAGUGUGUUACAUACUGUGAGCAAAUACUUCUAUUGCAUGUGAAGAGGAAAUGUGAGAACCUGAAAGCUGAUACAAUAAACCAUGGUUUAGUAUUAUGUCCGAAUGUGGCCCAUGCAAAGAGAUAACCUUAGCAACUGUUGAUCUCCCUUGCAAUUAUUAUUGACUACCAUCCUUGGACAGUUAGAGGGUGUGAUCUUAAGAUAUGUGGAGAUGGCAUGUUUUUAUAGCAUGAGUCCACAAAUGGCUACUAGUACUUACAGUUAUUUACUUACAAAGCUCUUUUAUUUAGAGAUCCUAUGCAGAUGAGUCUGGGUACUGCAUGAAGAAAGCUGAUGCUUUCAAGAGUGAUGGCAUUUCUAAAAUUAAUCAAUUUUCUUUACGUCAUUUUGUUAUUUACCAGUAGCUCCAGAUUUGCAUGGAGUCCAAACCGCAUACAGAUCAACUGGGCGUAUUUUGAAAAACCACAUGUCUGGAACAGGGAGUGGGGAGCCUGUGUCCCUCCAGAUAUUUUUAAACUCCAUAUCCCACCAGCUCCAGCCAGCAGAGCCAAUUGUCAGGGCUGAUGAUAGUUUGAUUACACAACACCCAGAUGGACACAGGUUCACCACCCCUGGUCUGAAGAGAAAUACAUUCCCUAUUGGUUGGUCUGCACCUGUUGAACUUGCCAAGACUUAGGCUCCCCACAAAAAAGGCUGACUCUGCUCUGUUUAAUCAAACAGUGGUGCCAUCAGUUUUGGGAAGGGAGAGGCACAGCUUUGCACUUGGAACAGCUUGGCAAGUAUUGCACUUGUCUCAGUGUUUUGCUUCAAAUCUGUGUGGCAACGAGGCAAUCUCUCUGGAUUUCUCUUUAUUUAUUCACUCAUUUUUCAAACCAUUCUAUAGCUGACCUUUAAAGUUUUUUAAUGAGUUUCUCAGAAGACCUUUGCUUUUUUCCAUAGUAAAUGAGGAAUGCUGCAGAGCAAAAAGACUCAGUAGCUGAGUUUGUUUUUAUAUAUAUAUAGCCCUGGUAGCUGCUGGGCUUUUAAGUUGAUGGUGUCUUUAUCUCUUGGCCAGAAUGCUGUUCUUUUGAGGCACAUCUCAGAUGAAGAAUAGCCAUUUGUCUUUCUCCAGCUCCCUUUCAUCUGAAAAUCUGAAAGAGGUUCACAACCUCUACACACUUCUGCUUAGGCAGAAACUGGGCAGCAGCUAGGAGACAAGACUGGAAGUUGAAGGCAGUUUGAAAUAAGGGACACUGCUCCUGUUGUGUACAUUCUGCCACUUUUGAAUCUGGUAAUUAGGUUUUGCAGGGAUUUGUUUUGUUUCAGAAAUCUACUCGAACUGUUUCAAUGCAGGCAACAUAGCAUGGCAAAAAAGAUAUGUGUGCAUGUGUGCAUGGGAAGUGAAGCCUCACACAAGCUCCUUUCAACUCCCUUGAAAAAUAUUGGCUGUCUCCAGCCUAGAGAUGUUGGAGCAUUCAGAUGAAAAUGGAAACAAGAGUGUAAAUUAGUGAUGUUUGCUGAUUUGUCUCAUGUCUGGAAUACAAAUCAACCCAACAAAUACAAUCAGUAUUCACUGUUGUUGUUUUCAGUCUGCAAAUGAUGCAUAACAACAUGUAAUUGAUGACUACCCCCCACCCGAUUUACAAUGUGUUUCAUUUCCAUUGGAAAUGAAUGGGAAAAUGUAAUGAUAAUGUAAUUCAUGACUGCAUAUACAACUCCACCAUAGCAGACAGCAAGAUGACUAACUUAUUUUUCUCAGAACCUGAACUGCAGCUGAAUGGAAACAGCACUGCCAAAUGCAGAGCAGAGCAAAAACCAAUGCCACCUUAAAUCCCUGUACCAGCCCCAUGUCCUUUCCAACAUAUCCCAUACGUUAUAUGAUGACUGUGAACUUGCCCCAUGGUCAUGAUGUUUAACAGCUCACAACAUCAGUGAGCCUCCCUCCAUUCGCUUCAUGCAGUUAUUAAAGCAGGCGUGCAGGGCAAGGGAAGGAUGUGACCUGGGGAGAGUGCUGAGGGCCAGGUAGAGAUGCCUGGAGGGCCACAUCCAGGCCCCAGACCUGAGGGCCACCCCCCCAUUAACCAGAUAACAAUACACUUGUUAAUGCCCAUAUGAUUUAGGUUUCCUUUUCAAAAGUGUCAGAAUCUGUGCAAACAAGCCUGUGCACUGAGGGAAGUGAUCCUAAAUGCACCUAUAGGGCAGGGGUGGAAAUCUAGGGCCCCAAAUGAGUAGUAUGGACCCCAGACACAGCAGGGUUGACUUGCCAUAUUUUGAAUCAGGUGAAGCAAUACACAGGGCCCCCCGUAAGCCCAUUAAGUCCAGGGCCUCAAGUUACCUAACUGCACCACUGCUAAUGGAUGCUAAAAAUGACUCCAACUAGCUUAUGCUCUGCUCAGCACCCCCACCAGAAAAAAACUGUAACAAAAAUAUUAAAAGUGAACUAAACCAUGUGCAAACUUACUGUUCUAAAAGACGUGAAGAGUUAGGGGAGAGUUUAACUGAGAACAUUGUUGAGAGUUGCUACUGAUAUACUACUAUAUAGUGCCAUCAGUGUGUAUGAUGCUUUAUAAAACACAAGAUAACAGGUCCCUGCCCCAAGAAGCCUACAAUCUAAGAUAUUUAGAAGGUAACAAUCAGUGUGAACAUGACACUAUUCACACAGUAUCUGCAACUUGGGAUCAUCAACUAAUUUUCAACACACUAAAGGAAUUACUUUUCACCAAUACAAUAAUUCACUUAGGAGAUUUAUUGUCAAAAGAUGUUUGUUCAGCCAGGAGAGUAAAUGUAUUUGAAAAUGAUUCUGUGGGUGCAUGGAGAAUAGAAUUGCCUUUUGCUUCAUGCUAGCCAAAAGGUCAGUCACCAGGUUCCAAGAGAGUGUGGUCUGAAGGCACAUGGGAUGAACACAUUUGCUGAAGGUAGGCAAAUCUGAGCCUGAUCAGUACCUGGAUUGUAGACCUCCUGCGAACCAUAUGUUACACCACCAUGGGUUUCACGGUGGAAGAAAGGCAGGAUAUAAACCUGGGGAAACAAAUAAGGUAUAUAUUUAGCAACCAAUAAAAGAUGGAUCUCAUGCCUAGGCAGCAAGCUUGCAUAUGGCAUCAGUCUGGCAACUGUAGGAAGCCAGAAUGCUUUCAUGUGGACUGCUGGCCUGACUCAGCCAGCAUGGCAGUUUGCAAUGGCCUUUCCCAAUUCUCGUUUUGACUCACUCUCUACAUUUUACUUUCCAUAAAGAGUUUCUUGCACAGCAGCAGUCAUGCAAGGCAUAUCUGGCCCAGCCAGCAGCCUUCCCCUUCCUCAACAAAGUGUGAAAGAUGGACUCUUGCAUUUCCAAAUCUGUCCAGUGUUAUACUGCCCUUACAGCAUAUGCAGUUUUUUUCUGGUUUUAAAGCAGGAGCAGCUGUUUCAAGGAAAUGUAUAAAUUUGCUGCCAAGUUCUAGACUUUGGUUGCCCUCUGGCUGCUUAUAAGAAGCAUUGCAGCAGGACACACACCUCCAUUUCCCCGCACCCCGUCUUUGAAUCUUUCAGAGUUCACUGAAGGAUUAGGGGUGCUUCUAUUUAAAAAACAACAACAGAGAGGGAUGCUAGAGCUUGAGUCUAGUGUUCUGCAUGGUCUCCUUGUAUUCUCUUGACAGCAGGGAAUCCUUUUCCCAGAGAUACCGGUAUUUCAGCUUCCAUAAUGCAUUGCUGUCCUUCAUAUAGUGCCCAUCGAGAUGCAAAGCACUUUAUGGAGUAAACAACAAAAAGACUGGGUCCAUUGACAGGAGAAAGGCAAUAAAUGAAUGGAAGGAAGAUGGAAAAGAGAGUAAGCAAUAAAAUAAUAUACUAAUAAUAUUAGUUCAUUUACACAAAGGCUACAUUGCACACCAUACAUAUGAAGCACAUUUAAGGCGCAAGACUCUCCCCAAGGAAUCCUGAAAAUGGUAGUUUCUCGCAAAGCUAUAAUUCCCACCACCCUUGACAAAUUACAAUUCCCAAAAUUCUUUAGGGGAAGUAGUGUGCUUUAAAUGUGUUGCGUGUAUGCAACCAUUGUGUUAACUAGCAGCAGUGCUAUUUCUCUAGAAAAAGAGGUGCCGGAACUCACCAUGAACGCCUCCCUUGUUCUCUUUUAAUGGCAAUGGUGCCCACCUGAGAGGUGCUGGAAUUGAGUUCUGGUGAGUUCUGGCUGGGGGAAAAGCCCUGAUUAAUAGUAAGAAUACUUUUUAACCCCUCUUUAAACUUCUGGGUGCAGAUCUCAAAGUGGCAUAUUGCAUAUGAGAGAGCCUAAAGAUGGGCCCAGACUGUCACAAUUUUAUGGGAGGGAUUCAAGUGUAUCGGAACUUUUGAUUUGCACAAUUUAAACUCUGCCAUCCUAGCACAAGAAAUCUACCUUAAAAAGAUCCUGACUUUUUGUGGUUUGGAAACUGAUGAGGAAAUGCUUUGAAAAUUGUGGGGCAACUAAAUGAUUAAGAGGAAGACAUGUAAACACCCCACAAGCCAAUCAGGAUUAAUACUCAUUGGCAUAUAACCACUGUAAACUAAUUGGGGAAGGGAGCUCAAAAAAAGACUAGACAUAGACUAACUACCAUGCAAACUUUGUGCAAGAAAAUCUGGUUGAAUGCUUAAUAAACACCCCAGGAAGAAUUGCUGGGGUGCUUCCAGGGGUGGAUUAUUUAACAACACUGUCACUGCUGUUCAGCUUUAAGCUACAAUAACCACUCUAUCAUAGAACUGUAGAGUUGCAAUGCAGUGAUCUCAACUAGAUCAUACAUGAUAGUUGCCCCCCCCCCAAAAAAGGUCUGCUUAAAAACCUCCAAGGUUAAGUAUUCUUGACUACUAACAAUCUGUAGUCAAGUGGACAGUCCCGGCUUUCCGCAGCCCCGAACGUUGGGAGAAGGCAGGGGUGGGGGGCAAUUCCACAAGAAAUUACAGCAUGAACAGUGUGUACUGAUGUAAUUGACAAUUUAUUUUCUGGAUCCCAGUUCCUCUGGGGAGGAGGAAAGACCAUCUCUCAGUCUAAAAGAUGGAACUGAGUUGAAUUCAGAAUGCAAAAAUGCUACAGUGUAUAAAAUGUCCCUAAUCCCUGGUAUUUGUGAUUCUUCAUGGAAUAGGGUGCAAUUUAAACUGUGAUUUCUCUAUCAUCCAUGAAAAUGGCCUAAAACGUUAGGCCUUCAAAAAUAUUAAAUCCUCCAGCAGCUCCUGCUGUGUCAGCUUUAUGGCAGGAGCUCAGCAGACUAGCUAAAGAAAAUCUGCUCUUUACUCAGGCUUCAUCCUCGCCGAGACGUCAAAGGUCAGUGUGCUGAAUUUCCAGCAAAUUACCAUGAUAAUUUUUACAUACGGUAUCUUUUCUUCUGCAAAGCAGGUGGUGAGAAAGCUACUCUUGGGUGUAUACAGUUUUAGGAUAACUGCAGCUCCUCAGGAACCGGCUCAUUCCUGAAUUGGGAAUUAGAUACUCAUGCGGUUGUUUGCCUGUGUGUGCAUAUAGUUCAUAUUAACACUUGGAAAGCACUAAUCCAGACAUUUGGUUAAAAGAGCAGAAGUGAUGCGAGAUUCUUUUCUUCUUCUUCCCAGAAUUCACCAUCAGCAGCUUCUGCACCGUCGUAGACAUCAUGAAUUUUUCCAGGCUACAAGUUUUGAGGUUGGAUGGGAAUGAGCUCCGUCGGAAUAACCUGCCCUCCGACGCCCCACUCUGCCUGCGAUGGGCGAGCGUAAUAGAGAUUUAG